AUGCAAUCGAAUUUAAAGAAAUGUGAUGAGUGUGCGAUUUGUCAGAAGAAAUUUCCAUCAGAUGAAAUAGAAGAGCACGUAAGUCAAUGCUUUGAAAAGCAGUCAAAAAAGUUUCAAAGUUCACCGGCUUCAAAUAAACGCUCAAAUACAGACAAAACGUAUGGAAUCUUUAAUUGCACCAAAAAACCUAAAAUUGAAGCCAACGAGUCAACUGGAAGUGAUGAAACUGCUAGAAAAUCAUUAGAUCUGUCAAAUAAAUCAACAAGUUCAACAAAACAAAAAGCAUUAAAAGCUCCAGAAGCACCGUUAGCAGAUAUAAUGCGUCCAACAAACUUUUCUGAUUAUUUUGGACAGGAUAAAGCAAUCGGAGAGAAUUCAAUCAUCAGAAACUUACUAAAGAACAAUACUGUCAAUUCGUGUAUAUUCUACGGCGCUCCAGGAUGUGGAAAAACUACAUUAGCAAAAAUAAUAUUCAAUCAUUGUAAUCAGCACAAAGAAAUGUUUAGAUUUGUAUCAAUGUCUGCAUGCACAACAAACGUGAGUGAAGUUAAGGAAGCAAUUAAGCAGGCAAAGAGCUAUAGAGAAACAUUUAAGAAGCAAACAAUUUUAUUUAUGGACGAGAUUCACAGAUUCAAUAAGUUACAACAAGAUACAUUCUUACCACAUAUUGAGAACGGAACCAUCAUUUUAUUAGGAGCCACAACCGAGAAUCCAUCAUUUUCACUUAAUAAUGCCUUGUUGUCACGCUGUCGAGUCAUUAUUCUUGAUAAAUUAAAAUCUGAAGAUAUUGUAAAAAUUCUCAGACGAGCUUUGUCACAUUUUGAUGCUAUAGAAGUUCCUGAAAAUGUCGAUAAGAAUGUUGAUGAUUUUGUCCAAAACCUUGAUAUCAUUCCGAAGAUCACAAUAACUGAUACAUGCCUCAAAUGGAUUGCAGAUACAUCGGAUGGUGAUGCUAGAAUAGCACUAAAUAGUCUUGAAAUGUGCAUGAAGCAGUCAGGUGCUGAAAAAUCUGAUGACAUCAAAAUGAUAACACUAAAGGAUAUCCGAGACAAUAUUAAAAGAACUCAUUUACUUUACGAUAGAGCUGGUGAUCAACAUUAUGACAUUAUUAGUGCUUUACAUAAAUCCAUAAGAGCAUCUGAUGAUAAUGCAAGUCUUUAUUGGGUCACAAGAAUGAUUGAGGCUGGCGAAGAUCCGAGAUUUAUUUGUAGGCGUUUAAUAAGAGCUGCUUCUGAAGAUAUAGGUCUUGCAGAUCCACAAGCAUUGAUUUUAGCUACUUCAACUAUGCAGGCUGUUGAGAAAAUUGGAAUGCCUGAAUCGGACUGCAUUCUAGCACAACUAGCUGUUUACUUAGCACGCGCACCAAAAAGUACAGAAUCUUAUCAUGCGAUGCUUAAAUGUAAGGAACAGAUUAAAAAUACUGAAGGUCCAAUGCCUGCGGUUCCAAUUCAUCUCAGAAAUGCGCCAACAAAGUUUAUGAAAUCACUUGGAUAUGGAAAUGGCUACAAUACAUUUCAUAAAGACGAAAGUGGACUCAAUUAUUUACCGGAAGAACUAGAAGGCAUAAACUUUUUUGAAUAA